CACGUGUGCGACGGCCACCGGUGGGCGGUGGAGGGUUAGGCGCGCAACCGGCGAAGGGAUUCAGCGGUCCCCUUCCCCCGUCCGAGGCGCGGCGGCGCCCUGCAGAUUAUUAUUGGUUUUGUUGCAAAAUGGAUACAGAAGCGACUUUAAACAAGUCUGGUGGUUCUGAAUCUGUAAUGUCAUUACUGGAACAGCUUGCUGAAGUAUUUGGAAACUUGAAAUCCCACACCGAAGCAUUUCUGCAAUUGCAGAAUGGUAUGCAAUGGGAAGAUAUCAAAGGGCAUUUCCUCAGCCUUGAUAAGUCGUAUGGAAGCAAGUUUGAUGAAUUGGUAGAGAAGCAGAAGGCAUUAGAAGAAAAGAAAGCUGAAGCUUGUAGGUUGAUUGCAGAGAAAGAGGCUGAUAUUUCUAUAAAAGAGCGUGCCUCCCUGAAUCAGCUUCAGGAGCUAAGGGAUGCUGCUGUCUCUUCUCUAGCAGAGGUUCGGCAAAAAUAUAAGGUGGAGCUUGCUGAGAUACUCGAUACCAGUGAAAGCAAAUACAAAAAGGUAAGCACCUCAAUCAAUGACAGCAAUGCAUCUCUUGCUUCAGAGGAGAAUACCCUUGCUACUGGGUCAGGCGAGGCAUCUGAAGCUUCACCUGUUGAGACUAAGCCGCGUUCUGUAUUGAAGCAACUGUGCGAGCAGAUGGACACCAAAGGCCUUUUAAAAUUUCUUUCAGUAAAUUGUAGAAAACUUGCUACUGCUAGCCUUCGUGCUGAACUUUCUGUUGCACUAAAAUGUGCAACUGACCCUGCCCGCUUAGUACUUAAUUCUCUGGAGGGUUUCUUCCCACCAGAACAAACAAAUUCACCUGGGAGUGAACAUAACGGCCUUCAGGUCCAGCGCAAGAGCUGCAUUGUUUUAAUGGAUGCUAUAGCACCUGCACUAGGGACGAAGGAGCCUGGUGGCAACGACCCUUGGAGCUCUGAAAUUAAAGAGCAAGCCAAGGCAAUUGCCGAAGAGUGGAAGAGUAAGUUAGCUGAGGUUGACCUGGAUGCUUCUAAUGGUUAUUCAUUGGAGGCACAGGCUUUUCUGCAGCUUCUUACAACUUUUAAUGUUGAUUCGGUGCUUGACGAAGAUGAACUAUGCAAGAUCGUAGUUGCUGUCUCUCGUCGCAAGCAGACUGCUGUGUCCUGUCGCUCUCUUGGUCUUAAUGAAAAAAUACCAGGUAUCAUUGAGGAGUUGGUUAAGAGGCACAGGCAAAUUGAUGCAGUUCAUUUCAUACAAGCUUUCGGGCUUUCAGAGACAUUCCCCCCUGCACCACUGCUGAAGACCUAUAUUGAGGAGUUUAAGGAUACAAUUGAAAAUAAUGGGGAUGCAACUGUGUCCCUGUUAAAGGACGACCCAAAAUCUAGGGAGCUACUCACUUUGAGGGCUGUGAUAAAGUGUAUCGAGGAGUACAAGCUUCAGAAGGAGUAUUCACUUGGACCUCUCCAAAAGCGUGUUUCUGAGCUAAAGCCUAAGGGUGAGAAAAGGCCAUCAACUGAUGCUGGUGGGCGUACUUAUGCAAAGAAGCCUCGAGGCCCUGGCAUUUCAUUUACCAGGAGACCUGGCGGUUCCAUUGGUUCAGCUGCUCGCAGGCCUCCAUUUCCGGGCUAUAGCUGGCAGCGUGCUCCUGCGCCAAUGCCUUCCCAUGGUCCUGCACCAAUGCCCUCCCGUGCCCCUCUUCCUGAUGGAUAUGGAGCUGCUGACCGGUACCAUUACACGCCACCAGCCCCAGCAUAUGAUGCAGGCGCAUUUUCUUCUUACGGUGAGCCGUUCAGCACCCCAAAACCAUUCCAGUAUGCCCCAGGGUCAGUGGCAGCAUCGUACAACUCGAGUCCCUAUAAAAUCGCGUAUGGUGGCCCGGGAGCGCCAGCUGCAAGCGCAUAUGCAGGUUAUUCCGGUGGGGCCCAAGCACCAGCUGCAAGCGCCUAUACAGGUUAUUCCGGCGGGUCCGGUCCGGCAGCUUCUAGCAGCUAUGCAAACUAUCUGGGAUCCGUCUAUUGCCCUCCCCAGCAACCAUAGAUUCGCUUCAUCUCUCUCAGAAAUGUUGUGCUGGUUAUAAGGUGUGUUGUGCUGGUGAUAAGGUGUAACUUUACUCUCUUUUCUUUUUGACUCAUCCACAGCACUGGGUUUUGGGUUUUGGAGGUGUAACUGAUGUAGUCCAGUUUCUUUGGAAGCUGUGUGAGGCGCCGGUCAAAAUAUGAGUGUUCUCAUGUGCACUCGUAUUUACCUUUAGCUGUGCUUAUUCCUUAGGAUGUUUAUAUCUUUCUGUCAACAAGUCUGUCUUAUGUAGGAAAGUCUGUCCCAUGUACUCCAGGAACAUGUAACUUUUUUACUUGCUAAUGUUGUGAUUGAGCUGG